AUGAUUGAUGGUGAUACAGCUUUACAAGCACUUCUUUUCAUUUCCUACUUUGGAUCAAUAUUUUUAUUAUCAUUUGGAUUUUUCGGUUAUUUACUCUAUUCUUUAGUUAGACAUAUGAUAUAUGGACCAAGAGAUGAACCACCAACAGAAGUUUAUGAUUUUUCAAAAGAUCGUGUUGGAAAUAUUCCAUAUGCCUUGAAGAUGUUGGAAAUUGAAGCACAAGUGGAUAGAGCUGAAAGAAGUGUUGCGCCGCCAGCUGCUAUGCCAUAUAAAGAUGGUAAGAAAUUUGUACCCAAAUGGGCUCAUGAUUGGAUGUGGCAUCGUCCUUGGGCUAAAGCUGAACUACAAAGAGAAGACUAUAGUUAUUAUCCAUUCACUUUGAUCGAAGAGAAGUGUGGUAAGGCUGAGACGCCAUUUGAGUAUGAUUUGCCUCAGCAAAGUGUACUUGAAAAAAGAGAUCGUACUUGGUAUUGUUUCAAAAGAGAAAAUAGAUGGUGGUGGUUGAAAUGA